AUGUAUAGAUUUCAGAAGCCUGGAGGAAGCCCUCUGACAAGACUAUGCCAGGUUGUCAUUGCAGCUACUCGGAACUUUGAUAAAGUUUUGCCAUGUGAUUCCUCGGCUCUUUAUGAGUUUAUGGGGCAAGGCUCGGCAAACGAAGGCAGCCGGAAAUUGGAGCAUACAACUGGACUUGAGUUCUUUGAUAAAGCUGCAAUUGUGACAUUACCUGACUGUGAAUCUCCUGGCCAACAUAAUAAAUGGAAGAUUUGCACUGUCACUCAGGAACAGAUGUCUUCAACAUUUGUAGAGCAAGGGAUGGCAAUGGAUAAACACAUCGGGUCUUUCGAAAUACCUGCUGCAUCCUUCCAGUGUGUAGAUACAAUUACUGUCAUUGUACUGGUUCCAAUUUAUGAGAGACUCAUUGUUCCAGUAAUUAGAAAAUUUACUGGCAGAGCGAAUGGCAUUACGUCACCACAGCGAAUAGGGAUUGGUUUAUGUUUCUCGAUGUUCUCAAUGGUGUCAGCAGCAUUGGUGGAGGGUAACCGGCUACAGAUUGCACAGGCCGAAGGUUUGGUGCACCGCAAGGUGGCUGUUCCGAUGAGCAUCGUGUGGCAAGGACCCCAGUACUUCCUGCUAGGCGUCGCCUUGGUGUUCUCCAAUAUUGGGCUAACUGAGGUUUUCUAUGAUGAAUCUCCAGAUGGCAUGCAAAGCUUAUGUAUGGCAUUCUCGCUUGUUAACAUGUCGGUUGGAAAUUACCUUAGUUCAUUUAUCCUUUCCCUUGUGCCAGUAUUCACAGCCAGAGGAGGCAGCCCAGGGUGGAUACCUGAUAACUUGAAUGAAGGGCAUUUGGAUAGAUUCUACCUGAUGAUGGCUGGGCUGAGUUUUUUGAAUAUAGUAGUCUUUGUAUUAUGUGCUAUGAGGUACAAAUGUAAGAAGGCUUUCUGA